UGAUAGUAACAAGAACGGGACUAGGACUAGGCAAGUAGGAAAUGCAAAAGUGCAGUACACAACGAUAAGAGGCCAAGGCUGCUGCCACCAGUCUCAUCACACACAACUCACUGCUUGACCAGCCCUAGAGGCCUAACCAAACACAGUACUCCUCCACAAUCUCUCUCCUCCUGCUCUGGUCUUGUGGUCGAGAGAGAUCGAGAGAGAGAGAGGAUAAACACAUACACAAAUAUAGAGAGAGGAUAGUGACCGACUGAGGGAAGACUGGUCAUAAAUUCUUACCACUUUCCCCCCCUCUGCACCACUAUUUGACCCAUUUAUUACUUGGUGAGAGAGAGAGAUAGAGAGAGAACAACAGUACUGUUGGUAAUUUGUUAUAUACGUAUACAUUCACAUAUAUAAGAAGAGGGUAUGCAGCAGCACCUGAUGCAGAUGCACCCCAUGAUGGCAGCCUAUUACCCCAACAACGUCACCACUGAUCAUAUUCAACAGUACCUUGAUGAGAACAAGUCGCUAAUUCUUAGGAUUGUUGAAAGCCAAAACUCGGGGAAAUUGAGCGAGUGUGCAGAGAACCAAGCUAAGCUUCAGAGGAACCUAAUGUACCUUGCAGCUAUUGCUGAUUCACAGCCACAACCACCGACCAUGCACUCUCAGUUCCAACAAAGUGCCAUGAUGCAGCCUGGGGGCGGGCAUUACCUCCAGCAACACCAACAAGCUCAUCAAAUGACUCCGCAAGCACUCAUGGCUGCACGCUCUUCAAUGCUUUACAGCCAGCAGCCAUAUUCUUCACUUCAGCAACAGCAACAAGUGAUGCACAGCCAACUUGGGAUGAGUUCCGGUGGAAGCAGUGGACUUCACAUGCUACAUGGUGAGAGCGGGGGAGGCAGUGGAUCACUUGGAGGAGGAUUUCCUGACUUUGGCCGUGGGGUUGGAGGGGAGGGAUUGUCCAUGGCUGGAAGAGGUGGAAACAAGCAAGACAUGGGCAGUUCUGAAGGGCGAGGUGGGAGCUCCGGAGGCCGUGGUGGCGAUGGAAGUGAGACACAUUACUUAAAGUCCGCUGAUGAUUAAAGAACGUAAGUUGGUUGAAGUAGUGAUAUCAUCUUGAAAUAUGAAGUUGAAGGUUUUUAGUUAGGGAAGUAGUUUUAAGAACUGGAAUACUUGCUGCUAAAUGAUUAAACUUGUUUUCUGUUGCCGAAUCUAGAAUUUAACUACGAAUUUCUAGCUAGCGUUUGGAGUGUCGGAUGAUGCAUGUUGUAGAAUCUGUAUAUUGUCUAAACUGAAAAUGGUAAUGCUCUUUGAUCUUAAUACACU